CGCAUACAGCCUCCCAAGCUUCAGCCUCGUCCUCUUCACACAGAGGCCCCGACGAUCAUGAGCUCUCCCGACGAGCUGGCGCGAGACACGCCGCCGCCCUACAAGCGGCGGAGAACCGGCGACACCCCGUCCCCCCGGUCGAGCUCCCCCGACAUCCUCGCCAGAGACCCUGAUGACUUCCGGCAGCCGCCCAGGCGACGCUCGCGCUCGCCCACGUCCACGAACCAGUCGAGGUCGAAUUCCUUUUCUCCAGAACCGCAACAGCAGCUCACUCCCCCGCGGGAACUGCCCAAGCCAAACUACAAGGCGCGCCUGGUGCUCCACGGACACACAAAGGCCGUCUCGCAGGUUCGAAUAUCCCCCAACGGCCGCUUCAUCGCCUCUGCGUCCGCGGACGCGACCGUCAAGAUCUGGGAUGCCGCGACGGGGGCUCACAUGGACACGCUGGUCGGCCACAUGGCGGGCGUGAGCUGCGUGGCGUGGACGCCGGACAGCAACACGCUGGCCAGCGGCUCCGACGACAAGGCCAUCCGGCUGUGGGAUCGAGUCACGGGGCGGCCCAAGACGACGGCUCGCAAGGCGGGGCAGGAGAUGGCGCCUCUGCGAGGGCAUCACAACUACAUACACUGCUUGGCCUUUUCGCCAAAGGGAAACAUCUUGGCGAGCGGGUCGUAUGAUGAGGCCGUCUUUCUCUGGGACGUGCGGGCUGGGCGGUUGAUGAGGAGUCUGCCUGCCCAUAGCGAUCCCGUAUCUGGCAUUGACUUUUGUCGUGACGGCACGUUGGUUGUCAGCUGUUCAACCGAUGGCUUGAUCCGUGUGUGGGACACCUCGACCGGCCAGUGCUUACGAACUCUCGUCCACGAAGAUAAUCCCGCCGUGACAAAUGUCUGCUUUUCUCCCAACGGCCGGUUCGUCCUCGCGUUCAACCUCGACAAUUGCAUCCGCUUAUGGGACUACGUCUCUGGAAGCGUCAAGAAGACGUAUCAAGGCCAUUGCAACAAGAGCUUCGCCAUUGGGGGCUGUUUUGGCGUCCUGGACGGCGAGGCGUUCAUCGCGUCUGCGAGCGAGGACGGCGAUGUUUUACUCUGGGACGUCAAGAGCAAGGAGGUGCUGCAGCGGGUGCAUGGUCACGAGGGGGUGUGCUUCUGGGUGGACGUGCACGGCGAGACCAUGGUGACGGCCGGGCAGGAUGGCUCGGUCAAGGUGUAUCGGCACCUCAGGCACUCUGGCGAGAUCAACGGGAACGGGACAAAGACCGAGUCGAAGGCGCCUGGGCAGGGGAUGCUACAGGGAGAGCUGCCGAUUCGGCAGGAUGAUGUCAAGGUGGAAGAUGCCAUUAGCGUUUGAGUUGGUGCGCAGCAAAACAUUACGCAGCGUUUU